GCAUGUCAGUGUGUGUGUGUGUGUGUGUCAGACGGCUUUAUAAAAGGCCUGGAGGUCAAAUCGGAAGUCAGUUUAGACUUUAAUCGUCAGAGGAGCUGCUUUAACCAACAGGGACAAAUAUGAUGCAGAUGUCCCACAAGCUUGUGCAGUUGUUUGCCGUCAUGCUUCUUGUCAUCUUUGCAACUGGCCGGUGUCAACAGAGCGACGGCCGCCGGGCUGUGACCGAACACCAGCUGAUGCACGACCGCGGCAGGAACAUCCAGAGUCUGAAGAGACUCAUCUGGCUGUCCAGCGCCAUCGAGGGUCUGCACACAGCCCAGGCGCGCUCUGCUGCGUCCAACCCGUCAAAGCUCCUGCAUCCAGCUCUGAAUCCAGCUCUGAAUCCAGCCCUGAAUCCAGCCCUGGUUCCUGCUGCAGGAAGCCUCCAGCCCGCACAGGUCCAGAGCAUCUUGAGAGACUUCUUUUAUCCCCACUUGGCUCAACUGUCUGAUGGAGAGCCCUAACGUCGCACCUCAUUGGUGCAUUACCAGGAAGCUGUACCUACAGUCAAAUGUAAUGUUUGUAUAAUAAAACGUCUCUGGAGUUUAUAUGCAUGUUUAGUUAUCCUCUGAAGGUAACUUAUUGAUGGGCAAAGACAUAAAGGUUUAUUUUUG